AUGCGUCUGCUUCCUCUCCUGACCGCAUUUUUCUUCGCGGCCCAGUCUGCCAAUUCGGCCGCGACAUCUUCUACGGCUGUUGUACAUGCGGCCGCUCAAAGCGCGACGGAUGCCGCAUCGUCGCAGGAGAACACCCCGACCCCUUCUGCAAAGGAGAAUGGGCCCAAGGAGGACACUACUUCGUCCAAUUCUGAGUCUUCUGAAUCGACCUCCUCGUCAGGCCCAAACCUUGUCGCAUCCGCGACCAAUGGCUUGAACUCAGUGGCAGGUGCCUCCACUGGCGGCGGGUCAUCGAGCUCCGAAUCCUCCGAGCCCACUGGGACCAGCAGCUCUGGAUCAUCUUCGUCUACCUCCAGUACCAAGUCGGGUAACUCAGGGAGCUCGACCACCUCGGAUUCAGACAGCCCGCUGGCCUCCACUCUCAACAAACUGUUGGGCGGCCUGGGCGGAGACGCUGGCGGUUUUGGGGAUCUUGGAGAUUUGAUCAAGGGCCUGGAGAACCUGUUGAACCCUAGUUUUUUGAAAGAGGUCACCGACACCUUCAAGUUCCUGUCGACAUCGUUGGCCCCGCCAGUAGACACCCAAAUUCGAUCACUGGUCGGCAAUGCCAAUUCCCUCUUGACCCAGGAUUUCACCAAAAAGGUGGAGGGUCUGAUCGACAACGCCAGCGACCUCCUGACUGAGAAGAACACGAAGGAGAUCAUGACCUUGAUUGGCAAUGGCAACAAGCUCUUGACCUCCUCGUUCGUGGAUAAGACGAACAACCUUAUCGACAAUGCCAACAACCUCCUCACCAAGUCGUUUGCCGAGAAGACCGAGAAGCUGAUCGACAACGCCAACGACCUCCUCACUUCUGGUUUCGUUAAGAAGGUAGACAGUCUGAUCGACAACGCCAGCGACCUCUUGACCAAGGAAGACACCAAGGCUAUCAAGAACCUUGUUAACAAUGGCAACAAGCUGCUGACCGACGACUUUGUCGACACGACCUCCAAGUUGAUCAAGCAGGCCGGCCCUCUCAUCGAUGAUGCCAGCAAGCUUCUCACCGACAACAAUGUCAAGGAGAUUGAGCACUUGGUCAAGAAUGCCAACUCUCUGCUCACGGACGGAUUUGUCAACAAGACCUCUGAUCUGAUUGACGAAGCUAGCGAGCUCCUGACGCCCAAGGUGGUUGACGGACUCAAGGACCUGCUGACGGAGAUUACUCCGCUGCUGCCGCAGCUCAAGUCAUUCCUGAAGCCGGGUACUUUCAAGGAGCUGGAGUCGCUUCUGAAGAAUGCAAACGAUCUUCUCACUCCCGAAUUCGUCAAGGACACGUCGGGCUUGGUCAGCUACGCCGGCGACCUCCUCACGCCAGAUGUGACCAAGAGCCUCAAGUCGCUGCUCAAGGAUAUCGUGCCUUUGAUGCCAGAACUGCAGAGGUUGCUGAAGCCGGCCACUAUCUCGGCUAUCAGCUCUCUGCUGAACAAUGCCAACGACCUGCUCACCCCGAAGUUUGUCAACGAGACAUCGAGCCUGGUCAGCGAAGCUGGCGAUCUCUUGACUCCCUCGCUUGUCGACGGUCUGAAAGAUCUGCUCAAGGACGUGAUCCCAAUCAUCCCCGAGCUCAAGAAGCUGCUGAAGCCCAGCACGAUCUCUGCCAUCAGCUCUCUCCUGAACAACGCCAACGACCUGCUCACGCCCAAGUUCGUCAAUGAAACCACCUCGCUGGUGGGUGGCGCCGACGAUCUGCUGCAGCCCAACAUCAUCCACGGACUCAAGGAGCUGCUGGACGAUGUGAUCCCACUGAUCCCCGACCUACGCAUGUCGCUGCUGAACUCGACCAUCAUCAAGGACGUGGGCUACCUCCUGACCAACGCAACGGAUCUGCUCACGCCGCACUUCGUCGACGAAACCACUUCGCUGGUCGGCGGCGCCGACGAGCUGCUCUCACCCGAGCUGAUCAAGGACCUCAAGCCGCUGCUCAGCGAAGUCGGCAAGGUCACGCCCGAGAUCAAGUCGCUGCUGAAGCCGGCCACCUUCAAGGAGCUCAGCUCCGUCCUCGACAACGCCAACGACCUGUUGUCGCCCAAGUUUGUUAAUGAGACAUCCGUGCUUAUUGAUGAUGUCACGAAAUUCUUGCCCUUGAUUGAGCAGCUGCUCAACGCGCUAUAG